AUGGACAUAACUACAGCUGAUUUCAGGAUUCAAGAAACCAUCAGAAACAUUAAUCUCUGUAAAUCUGUAUGUUCUCCAGGUGUGUUUGGUGAUUCAGUGUCAGUGAUGGAGGGAGAUUCUGUUACUCUAAACACUUAUGUUACUGAAAUACAUGAAGACGACGACAUACUGUGGAAAUAUGGAGCUGAAAAGUCUCUGAUAGCUAAAAUCAGCAGAGAGACUGGAGUCUUCUCCACAUAUGAUGAUGGUCCUGAUGGGAGAUUCAGAGACAGACUGAAGCUGGACGAUCAAACUGGAUCUCUGACCAUCACACACACCACAACUGAACAUGCUGGAGAUUAUCAACUACAGAUAACUGGAGCGAAACGAUCAUCAAAAACAUUCAGUGUUUCUGUCUAUGCUCGUCUGCCUGUUCCUGUCAUCAUCAGUAACUCUUCACACUGUUCAUCAUCAUCAUCAUCAUCAUCAUCAUCAUCAAACUGUUCAUUGGUGUGUUCAUCAGUGGUAAAUGUGUGUGAUGCGACUCUCUCCUGGUACGCAGGAAUGAGUGUAUUGUCCAGCAUCAGUGUGUGUGAUCUCAGCAUCAGUCUCUCUCUACCUCUGGAGGUGGAAUAUCAGGAUAAAAACACCUACAGCUGUGUGCUGAACAAUCCCAUCAGCAACCAGACCACACAUCUGGACAUCAACACACUCUGCCACACAUGUGCAGAUCAAGGCCUCCCGUUAUUUUACCCCGUCCUGAUCUCUGCUGGAUCUCUGAUGAUUGUUGCUGCAGUCGUUGGGAUCUUCUGCAUCUGCAAGAAAUGUAGAUCAACUGAUCAAGAAGACUCUGAGACGAUGGUUGAGUUUGGGAAUGUGAGAAUCAUCAUGUUUCAUCAGAAAAUCCAACCGGACAUGCAGUAG